AUGAAUAGCAAAACGGUAAACAAUGCAAACAAUAAUAAGGGGACUAUUGAACCUUUCACGAAUUCAAACAUACAUCCGAUACCUAGUGAUAUUCAUAACAGUUCGCAGAAUCAACUAAUAAAUAAAACAACUAAUAAUAGAAAUAAUAGCACAAACAACGUACAAAAUGAAAAUUUCAUACUUUUAAAUUCGAAUUAUUGUAGUGUAGAUAUGCAGAAUAAAGGAAAUAAUAUUACCAAUGAAAGUUAUAUCAAAUUGGAGCAAAAUUAUAAUGGGGAUAUUACGAAUGCUAAUAAUUUUACCCCCAAUAAUGAUAGUACUAAAAGAAAUUCCAUACCCUCAAACGGCACAGGAAAUGCAGAUAACAUUGAAACUCUGAAUAAUUCGAAUAAUAUGAACAGUUCAGGUAAUUCCAGUGCAACUGUAAAUUUAAAUACGAGUGCAAAUUCAAAUUCAUGUGCAGAUCCAAAUGCGAAUGUAAAUCCAGAUGAAAAUGCCAAUACUAAUAAUAUUAUAAAUAAUUCUCAUAAUAACGCAAAUUAUAAUAUGAAUCCAAAUUGCAAUCCAAAUAUGAAUUACAAUAUGCACGGAAAAGCAAUGGGUAAUGCAAAGACAAUGUAUAGCCAGUAUCCAGUAAAUAUGAAUGCACUAAUGAAUAUGUAUCCAAAUAAUGAUAAUAUGCCAAAUCCUUUACGAAUGCCUAUGUAUCCAACACAGCAAAAUAUAGUAUAUAAUAAUAAUAUGAAUUUUAUGAAUAGUAAAGCAUAUUUAAAACACCUAAAGUAUAAUAAAGUAAUUACUGCUGAUCCAAGCAUACAGCCAAAUGAAACAUUAUACGUAAAAAAUUUAAAUGAUAGAAUUAAAUCUGAAGAAAUGAAAAAAAGCUUAAAAGAUCUAUUCAAACAAUAUGGAGUAAUUGAAGAUUUAAUAGUUAUGAAAUCCUUUUGGAGAAAGGGACAAGCGUGGAUUGUUUAUGACAAUAUUGAAAGUUCAACAAAAGCAUUAAAUGCAUUACAAGGAUUUGUACUAUUCGGAAAAAUAAUGCAAAUAAAUUAUUCUCAUAACAAAAGUGACAUACAUUCAAAAAGAGAUGGUACAUUUGUUGAAAGAUCAAAACAGCCAAAAAAACCAAAACAAAUACUUGAACGAGAGCAAAGACAAAAAGAAAUUUUUGAGAGAAUGCAUAGGAGUUAUUUGGAAAUGCAAAUGAAAAAUUUUAAUAUAAUGAAUAAUAUUGAAAUAGAAAAAAAACAGAAAAUUGAUUUAAGUCAAAUGGAUAAACAAGCAUUAAUUGCAAAAGCCCAAGCAAAAGCAUAUGAAGAAAAAAAUAAAAAAAAAGGCGAAGAUUUGUCAAAAAGAAAUAAUAUUAAUAAUAAUAAUAAUAUGUAUCAUCCACCUUUUUACCCUAUGAACAACUUCGUGCCUAUACAAAGUAAUGUAGUAAUAGCAUGCAAAAUUUUAUUUGUCGAAAAUGUUGUAGAAAAUGUUAACACUCAAGCUUUCAAUGAUUUAUUUAAAAAUUUUGCUGGAUUUAUUGAAGCUAGAAUUAUUCCACAAAGAAAUGUUGCCUUUGUUGACUAUUCUGACGAAGCAGCAGCAACCUAUGCAAUGAAAGCUUUACAAAAUUAUGAAUUACAAGGAUCCAAAUUAAAAAUAUCAUAUGCCAAAAGAUAA